GCUGAGUGCAUAAAGACUCUCCUGAAUGUCGCUCUGACUGAGGGCAACUUUCUCAAGUCGUCCUGGUACCAAGUGCUCAAGUGUGCCUCACAGUUGGAUGUGGUGGCUCAGUUGGGUGGCAAUGACACGCAGCAACUGUUGAACGAUCCUUAUUCACCGCAGAAGAGUACUGGGGGUUUGGUAUGUACAUCUCAACCGGUCUGA